CUGGGAGCGACGGCUCCGCGUGGAGGCCCAGGCGGCCGGCGAGGGGCGCGGCCCCGGCGCAUCCUCCCCCCGGCGCGCGCGCUAAGGUGGGACCGCCCGGAGGCGGGCGUCGGGCCCCCAGCUCCGUGGGCCCUGGAGCGCUCGGGACUCGCUGAUCGCGGGCUCGGCGGCAACAUGUCUGUGGCGUUCGCGGCCCCGAGACAGCGGGGCAAGGGCGAGAUCACGCCCGCCGCCAUCCAGAAGAUGCUGGAUGAAAAUAACCAUCUUAUUCAGUGUAUAAUGGACUACCAGAAUAAAGGGAAGGCGUCCGAGUGCUCGCAGUAUCAGCAGAUAUUGCAUACAAACCUGGUAUACCUUGCUACAAUAGCAGACUCUAAUCAAAAUAUGCAGUCUCUCUUACCAGCACCACCCACACAGACUAUGCCGAUGGGUCCUGGAGGGAUGAGUCAGAGUGGCCCUCCACCCCCUCCCCGCUCGCACAACAUGCCUUCAGAUGGAAUGGUGGGUGGGGGCCCCCCUGCACCACACAUGCAGAACCAGAUGAACGGCCAGAUGCCUGGGCCUAACCAUAUGCCAAUGCAGGGACCUGGACCCAAUCAGCUCAGCAUGACAAACAGCUCCAUGAAUAUGCCUUCAAGUAGCCACGGCUCCAUGGGAGGUUACAACCAUUCUGUACCGUCAUCCCAGAGCAUGCCCGUGCAGAACCAGAUGACAAUGAGUCAGGGGCAGCCAAUGGGAAACUAUGGUCCCAGACCAAACAUGAAUAUGCAACCAAACCAAGGUCCCAUGAUGCACCAGCAGCCUCCUUCUCAGCAGUACAACAUGCCACCUGGAGGGGCACAGCAUUACCAAGGACAGCAGGCGCCCAUGGGGCUGAUGGGUCAAGUUAACCAAGGCAGUCACAUGAUGGGCCAGAGACAGAUGCCUCCCUAUAGACCUCCUCAACAGGGCCCACCACAGCAGUACUCAGGCCAGGAAGACUAUUAUGGGGACCAAUACAGUCAUGGUGGACAAGGUCCUCCAGAAGGCAUGAACCAGCAAUAUUACCCUGAUGGUCAUAAUGAUUACGGUUAUCAGCAACCGUCGUAUCCUGAACAAGGCUACGAUAGGCCUUAUGAGGAAUCCUCACAACAUUACUACGAAGGAGGAAACUCACAGUACGGCCAACAGCAGGACGCUUAUCAAGGACCACCUCCACAGCAGGGCUACCCACCCCAGCAGCAGCAGUACCCGGGGCAGCAGGGCUACCCAGGACAGCAGCAGGCCUAUGGUCCUUCCCAGGGCGGUCCAGGUCCUCAGUAUCCUAAUUAUCCUCAGGGUCAAGGUCAGCAGUAUGGGGGCUACAGACCAACACAGCCAGGACCACCCCAGCCACCCCAGCAGAGGCCUUAUGGGUACGACCAGGGACAAUAUGGAAAUUACCAGCAGUGAAAAUGUCCUUACAUUCCAAUAGCCAGUACCUAUUAGCAGCCACAUUGUCACAGCUCUGCACCGUGGACACCCCCCUGGGAAGACUCCUUCCAUUCCAACUAGGUUUUGGAAAAACCUUUGGCUAAGUGGCUGCUUUAUCAGCAAGUAGCUUUUAUGGUUUAGUUUGUAAAGGCUUCAGUAGCUACCAAUGUACCUGAUUUCACGUUUCUACUCUAGAUGGCAACAUUGGACAGAAAAUGCAUUGACAUAAGGAAUUUGCAGCGAUUUCGGAACUGUGUUCCAAAUGGACUGUCACAGACUGAAAGGUGUGAACAGCUUUGUGUGUUCACGGAGGUUGAGGGGUUUUCAUACUUUUCCACAGAUUAUUUUGUAAGGGGAAGGGGGAAAUGUACACUUUUUACAGCAGCAAUAUUUUGUCUAUUAUGUUUAUUUCAUGUGAUAAAUAUGCAAAGCGGUACACUACCCACUGGGCAGAGUCAGAACCCCUGGUAAAUGUGGAGUGUGGGAGAUGCUCAGUGCUGGGGUGCUCUGAAGACAGGCGAGGGGAGGCAGAAGCCCACCACGGGCCCACUGUCGUUAGUUCUUAGACAUCUCUCUUAUCUACCAGAUUAGCAAGGGCACUGUGAUACAGUUUUUGAGUACAAAGACAUUUUUAAAAAAGCCUUCCAGUUUUGUGCAUUAAAAAACCUUUUUGUAAAGAUGGUUUAUAAUACUGUUUUCAAAUGCAAGGCAAUAAUUAUGUUGUGCAUCUGUGAACUUUGGCAGGUUUGUGUAAAUGAAGAGGGAAGCCUCUCUUAAAACAGCAAUAACUGAAAAGGAGAAAGCAGGACCUUCUUACCUUGUCUGAGUAAUCAGGGAGCUUAGUACUUACUGUCAGCACGUUUGGAACCACAUCAGAGAGGAGUCAGCGUUGAUCUCAUCUUGCUAUUUUUUUAACAUUAACAUAAUUGGUUCGUGGAACAUGGAAGAGUCCAGGAGACUUUGCAUGCUUGUGUUUUAACUUCCUUAAUUGGGUACAAGCAAAGGGCACCUUUAUGUCUCUCUCUUCAUCUUCAUUAAUACAAGAGGAAAAUGCUUAUGAUGGGCGUGUCUGAAUCACACUGAAAGCCGAGAGGUGGCAUUUUACGGUUUCUUGUUUUUAAGCACAACAUACUUAAUCAUUAUUUGAGACUGAUUAUUUUAGCUAAAAUUGGGGAUAUGGCACAGGUCAAGAAAAACAUGUACUGAGAGAUUUCUAAACACAUCUGUUUAAGCAUACUUUGAAAAUCUCUAGCCCAAAGGUAAGUUGCUGUAGCCUCACAGUUGUUUGCAUCCAGGGAAUAUGACUGAAUAUAACAUAUUCUUUGUAAAAGAGUUAGUUUUUGCCACUUCUAACUGCAAACCGAACAGAAGGAGUGCCAUAAAUUCAAAGGAGCAAAGCAUACUGUUAUCAACAUACUGUAAUCAAAGGAGGGGUUUCAACGUGUCUAUGUGAGAGUGUGUGCGUUUUUAAGGUCAGAGUAUAGGGUGUUCUUCAACUUGGCCAGUAGAAAGUAGGCAUCAAGUGUGAACAGGUGAGGCGUGGGAAGCCUUCUUGUGACGGAGAUGCUUAUAAGUUCUGUGCCAGGUUUUCCACCACUGUGUACUUUAUUGCUAUUUAAAACUGUAUCAACUCUAACGAAAGAAUAAAUUAUUUGUGAUUUUAA